AUGGAUUCCACCACUGCCAAGCUUCUCAACUGCGUGGCUAUUGCUUCUCCUGCUGCCGCCGCUGGCCCCGGGCUUCGGGCUUCGCGGCACGGGAGACCGCCGCCUCGACGCGGCGCCGUCUGCGGCUCCGACGGCCGCUCCUACCCCAGCGUCUGUGCGCUGCGCCUGCGCGCCCGGCACGCGCUCCGCGCUCACCUGGGCCACCUGCACAAGGCGCGCGAUGGCCCCUGCGAAUUUGCUCCUGUGGUUGUCAUUCCACCCCGGAGUGUUCACAAUGUCACCGGUGCACAAGUGUACCUGUCCUGUGAGGUGAGGGCUGUGCCAGGUCCUGUCAUCACGUGGAGGAAGGUCACCCAGUCUCCUGAGGGCACCCAAGUGCUGGAGGACCUGCCUGGGGACCAUGUCAACAUAGCUGUCCAGGUGCGGGGGGGCCCUUCAGACCACGAGACCACAGCCUGGAUUUUGAUCAACCCCCUGAGAAAGGAAGACGAAGGAGUGUACCAGUGCCAUUCAGCCAAUGUAAUUGGGGAGGCCCAGUCCCACGGCACAGUGACGGUUACAGAGCCCAGCAGAUACCAAGCACCCCGCUUUCCAGCUCCAGAGGACCGCCUGUGA